UCAAUUUGAUCGUCUCCCUUUCGUCGUGACGUAAAGUGACGAAAUUCUCACAUAACAGUAUCACUUGGGUUGGGGUAGGUUCAAGGUGGGGAAAAUUGCGUAACUUUGUAAAGUUUUUUUUAGCAACCAUUGCAAAAGUUAUGAAGGCGAUAUUCACAUUUAAAUUGGUAUUUUUAUCCUACCUGAACCUCACCGUCCACGCUUGGCGUCCCCAUGACGACGAAACCUUCCCCCGAGAACCUUCCUCAUCCGAAUGGCGACAUAAAUCCGGCUCUUCGGCGUCAAACAGUGUCACUCCGCUUUUCGGAUUUGGCGUGGGCUACAAGAAAAUUACGCAUUACGUCCCCGUCUUAACGUUUCAGACGAGAAAAGGGGGAAACCGGAGACCCAACGGGAAUGCGGAUGUUGUUGUCCACACCCACGUGGCUGGUGACGGGAAUCGUCCAAGCGUCACGAUUUCCGGGGGCGACAACGACGAUAACGACAAAGCGAAUACAAACGGGAAUAACGACGACCAAACAAACAGUGGCGAAAUAUCGGCACAAAAUUCGCAAAAUUUGCAAACUUCGACCAGCUCUGGGAGCGGGAUUAGUGUGCAGUCCUUCAAUUUAAGGAGUGACGAUAAUCGCGACCCGAGACGGAUUUUGCACCGGGAUAAGAAAACCUAUGGAGAUGAUGACUCAUCCUGCGAAGGGGGGAGGAGUUGUAAAAAUUGGCGGGAAUCGGGCAUUAAAUCAAGACGUGCCGGACAAAGAAGGAGAGCUGGGAGAAUUACGGAUAGGCGGGAGAGCGACAUGUGGGGCGGGAAAGGGCAAAAUGAUGACGCUUGGGGCGGGAAAGGGCAAAGUGAGACGAGGCGAAGUGGUAACCAUGGCAAUGAAAGAAUUUCGUAUCAAGAUAAUGAUUCCCCCGAAAUCAGUAAUGAGAUGAACGAGUAUACGAUUGGUGGGUGGGACUGGACACAAAAAAGUGGGUAUUUCGGGUUUAAAAAAUUGUUCGGAAAUGUGCCGAGAUCUUCGUGGUGAAAAUAAAUAUAGAGGAUAUUUCGAUGGAGG